AUGGAGAACGAAAAUGAUGCUCCUCAUGGAUUCAACAAUGCGGGUGAUAACAGAGUGAUCCCGCAGAAUCAAAAUCAGCAGAAUCCGCAGAAUGCACAAGGACAGAACAAUGAAGGGCCUAGACUGUUGAAGGAUAACUGCCAGUUCUAUGGGCUACCUAAGGAAGAUCCUAACGCACAUCUUGCAAACUUCUUGGAAGUAUGUAGCACAUUCAAGAUGAACAACAUGACUGACGACGAAGUGUGGUUGCGCCUGUUCCCAUUUUCUCUGAGGGAUAAGGCGAAACAAUGGCUUCAAGCUCUACCUAGAGCAGGUAUUAACACUUGGUCAGACUUGGCGAAAGCUUUCUUGCACAAGUACUUCUCCAUGGCAAAGACUGCAAAGCUGACAAGGGAAAUUAUGCUCUAUCAGCAACUUGAUGGGGAAUCAGUUCAUGAAGCGUGGGAGCGCUAUAAGGAGAUGCAUAAGCAAGUUCCACAUCAUAACAUCACUCGGGAGAAUCUGAUCCAAACCUUCUAUAAUGGAGCAACUGAACUGGGGAGAAGCACUAUUGACGCAGGCGCAGGAGGGUCUCUGAUGAGAAAAACGGCGGAUGAAGCAUUCAAUCUGCUAGAUGAGAUGGCAGUAAAUGGCUGUUUCUGGCCAUCUGAAAGGGCGAAAGCACCUGCGCAGCGAGGAGUUAUGGCAGUUAUUGUUGAUUCUGCAAUGGAGGCUUUAAAAUCGAAGACUGCAGCACUGCAAAAUCAAGUGGAUUUUCUUACACGGCAGGCUGCAGGAGUUAAUAUUAACAGUGUAGCUGCCAUUCAGAGUAACUGCGAGGUAUGUGGGGAGCAUGGUCAUAUGUCGAAUGAAUGUUCUAUAUGGGGUCAGUCUAACAAUGAGCAAGUCAACUCCGUGGGAGGGCAAAGACAGGGCAAUGAUCCAUACGCUUCCACUUACAACCCAGGAUGGAGGAAUCACCCGAAUUUCUCAUGGAAGGACAAUGGGGGUAACACCAACAAUCAGGCAGGUCCGAGCUAUCAGGGCGGACAGAGGCCACAGCACAAUCAGGGCAACUUCCAGAAUCAAGGAAACUUCCAGAAUCAAGGGAAUUUCUAA